AUGGCGGAUGCUCAAUUCGAUAGUGCGCUCGAUCUUCUUCGACGCCUCAACCCCCGCGACACCAAGCAGAACCUGCAAGCCAUCACGUCCAUCGUCCCCGAUCUCACCGAGGACCUCCUCUCCUCCGUGGACCAGCCCCUCGAGAUCCGCCGCUGCCCCCGGACGAACCGCGACUACCUGCUCUGCGACUACAACCGGGACGGCGACAGCUACCGAUCUCCCUGGAGCAAUGAAUUCGAUCCCCCUCUGGACGACGGCACCGUGCCUAGCGAGCGCGUGAGAAAGCUCGAGGUCGCGGCCAACGAGGCCUUUGAUGUCUACCGGGAGCUGUACUACGAGGGCGGCGUCGGGAGCGUCUACUUCUGGGAUUUGGAUGAUGGGUUUGCGGGUGUGAUACUUUUGAAAAAGGGGGUAACGCCGGGUGCGAAGAGCUCCGGGGAAUGGGACAGCAUUCAUGUGUUCGAGGCGACUGACCGUGCCCGCAUGUCUCAUUACAAGCUGACCAGUACCGUGAUCCUGCAUUUGGCUAACACCACCGAGGCGUUGGGCGAGAUGGAUCUGAGUGGAAACAUGACCCGACAGGUCGAGGUCGAUCUGCCCGUGGAAUCGGAUGCCAGCCAUGUGGCUAAUGUCGGUCGUUUGGUGGAGGAUAUGGAGCUGAAGAUGAGGAACUUGCUGCAGGAGGUUUACUUUGGUAAGGCCAAGGAUGUUGUGGGUGAGCUGCGCAGCCUCUCGUCCUUGUCGGAGUCUAGCAAGGAAAAGGCAACCCAUUUGGAGAUGAUCCGGUCCAUGCAGAAAUAA